AUGCCUCCGUCGUCGACGCCCGCCACCGCGCUCGCACCCGAGCAGCCGGUCCGCGUCUCGUCAGAGCUCCAUGCUGCCCUCAUUGACCUCUGCACGGGCAUCCUGCCCGCCUACCUCGUCGGCGUCCCCGUCCUCGCGCUUCAGUGCUACGUAGACGCCCUCAUCCGCAUCGAAAACGGCCAGCAGCCCCUCCCCGCACGCCUCGACGCCGAAUACUCCAAGCUCGUCCAGAAGGCGUACAAGUUCGGCGGCCGCCCCUUUGAGCCCAGCCCCAUCUCGCUCCAGGCCUGCCACGCCCUCGACCGCGCCCUCGUCGCCCUCGGCCUUGACACCCUCCACUCAUUCUUUGCUAUCGUCUCGCUCUCGGGCGUAGACCAGCGUACCUGUCACAAGCUCAACGCCGACCCCGCCACCUUCGACGCCGCGAAACCCGCCAACGGCAGCAAGCGGGCCACCAAGAAAUCAACCGCCGCCGCCGCUGGCCCGCCCCCGGAGACUGUCGGCCUCAGCAUCGUCGCCACCUCGAGCUGGAACAUGAGCCCUCCCUGCCUCCACCACUGCAACGACCCGGACCUCUUUGCCCGCGUCAACCGCCUCGGCGACGACGGCACCUGGCUUCUCGACCCGGCCAACUUCAACCGCCUCGUCGCCGCCGUGCACCAAGAGGGCGCGUCCCUCGACGACACAUUCACCAUUGCCGCCGUCCUGGCCACCCGCAUGCUCGGCGGCGGACCCGACGGUUACCAGCACAUCCACGAACACAGCUACUACCGCGCUCCCAACGUCGAAUUCGAGGCCGCAGAGCCCUACACCGCCGCAGAGCGAGAGGUCGACGCCGCCAUCCGCGCGCUCCUCGAAAAGGACGACUGGAAAGCCAAGGCGGCCGACGAGACCAUCGCCGCCAAAUGGAGGCAGGAGGCCAUCGACCAGCAGGGCUUUUCCCCCAGCCAGGCCGACUACCUGAUCGCCAAGAUGCGCUACAUGGCCACCAACCCACCUCGUCGUGGCGUCGAGUACAGCGGCGUCCCCGGCGUGUACGUUUCCGACGUCCUCGUCGGCCCCCAGACCGUCGACGCGCUCAAGCGGACGGUGGGCGAGUACGCGCAGUCGAUCCCAGAGACCCGGCGCGACUACCACCCGCGCUCCGACGACCAGGUGUGGAACCUGGUUCACCCCUCGCUCCACCCGCUGCAUGCAUUCACGCCGGUCCUGCCCGCCGAGUUUUCGAGCUGCUCGGACGGCCAGCCCUCGGUGCUCGCAUACAACGCAACCGCGCUGCUCAAGCGCCUACAUCCCGGCGAAGAGGGCAAGCGGGCCGCCGCCGACGUGGCCAUGAGCGACGCGGACAAGAAGCUCGAGGCGGAGUCGGCCGGCGCCGCGAUGAAGGCGCCAUACCCUCCCACGCUCGAUGGGCUCACCAUCACGCUUCCGGACCUGCCCAAAUCCGAGUCCGAAUCCGGCACCAAGUACCGAUGGCUACCCGCCGAGAUCCGCGUCGACGUCGACGCCGGCUCCGGCACGCCCAGCGCCAGCUUCGUGUCGUACAUCAACGGCCUUUCGCCGUUCCAGGACCGCACGCUUGCCCUCUACGAGCCCCUGGCGGCGGCAUUUGCGGCGUUGCUGCCGGCGUUUGAGAGCGUGCUGGCGUCGUUCCCGCAGCGCGGAGACACGGCGUUCCUCUCGCCCACGGGCACACCGUUUUCGCAGGAGGUGCCCAACAGCCGCAAGGAUCUGCUCUACUUCGAGUACUUUACGCCCUCGAUUGACGAGGUCAAGGAAAAGUGCAAAGACGUCGACGUGAUGGCCAUGCAGAACCUCUACUGGUGCGCCGACGAGGACGACCGGCGCGAGGCGCUGGUCGAGCAGGAGUGGGAGGACAACAAGGAGUUUGUGCGCCCGCCCGUGGCGCCGUUUGAGCCGCCGACGCUGCGCAAGGUCGAGCUCGGCGGGCGUACGCUGCAGGUGAUUGUCAAGGUGUCGACGAUCCUGCUGACCCCGGACAAGCCGUCGUACGCCGGCGGCUCGUGGCACCUCGAGGGCACCGUGGGCGAGCACAUCUGCGCCACGGGCAUCCACUACCUCGACUCGAACAACGUGACGGACGCCUCGCUCAGCUUCCGCAUGGCCGUCGACGCCGAGUCGAUGUCGAUGCGGCCGGAGCAGAACCAGUUUGAGCACCUGCUCCACCUCUACGGCAUCGAGCAGGAACAGACGGCCACCCACCAGGUGCUGGGCUCGGUGCGCACCCGCCCGGGCAGCAGCAUCGCCUUUCCCAACUCGAUGCAGCACCAGCUGUCCGGAUUCGACCUCGUCGACGCCUCCCGGCCGGGCCACCGCACCAUUGUCCUCUUUUGGCUCAUCGACCCGGCCCACCCGGUCGUCUCGACGGCCAGGGUGGUGCCGCAGCAGGUCGGCUGGCUCAAGGACGCCACCCGGCACCUGUGGAGCGACUCGAGCAGCCGCCUCUCGCAGCUGCCACCCGAGCUCAUCGAGCGCAUCUUUGACACGCUCGACGCCGCGGUACGAGCCGACGAGGAGGCGCGCUCCGCCACGGCCAUGAAAGGCGCCAAGGAGGGCCGCACCGGCGGUGACGGCGGCGCGGCCUCGUACCUGAUGAGCACCGAGAGCGCGCUCGAGCACCGCCUCAAGCUCAUGGACGAGCGCACCGCCGCCGUCCUGGCCGACAAUGACUCUCGCUUCGACGACGUGUACUCUUUCUGCGAGCACUGA